UCGGCUACGGGGUUUCCCGGCCUGCCCACGCCGGCGCCUUCCUUUCUGGCCGGAAAUCGCUGAGGGAGAAGCAGCGACGGUAGCCGCUCCGACUGCACCAUGCCGCCAAAGGACGAUAAGAAGAAGAAGGACGCGGGCAAGUCGGCCAAGAAGGACAAGGACCCCGUCAACAAGUCCGGCGGAAAAGCCAAGAAGAAGAAGUGGUCCAAAGGGAAAGUAAGAGACAAGUUGAACAACCUUGUUCUGUUUGACAAAGCUACUUACGACAAGCUGUGCAAGGAGGUGCCAAACUACAAACUCAUCACACCUGCUGUGGUCUCUGAAAGGCUGAAGAUUCGAGGCUCCUUGGCUAGAGCUGCGCUCCAGGAGCUUCUCAGCAAAGGCCUAAUCAAACUGGUGUCCAAGCACAGAGCCCAGGUCAUCUACACCCGGAACACCAAGGGGGGUGAUGCACCAGCUGCUGGGGAGGAUGCAUAAAAGGUUCUUGGGAGGUUUUUAGACUCUGUAAAUCACAAAAAUAAAAUAAUUUGAACUCCUGAA